AUGGUUGGCAUUCUAGGUCCCCGGGCUCUAUCCUGGGCUUUGGUCGUGCUCGCAACUGGCGUGGUCUACACAACAUACAUACACAAUAUCAUCUUCCUCACCAUCGGCAUUGGCCGGGAAAUCCAACCAAUCGAGGACUUUCCAUGGAUUUGCACUCGCGUCCAGCACUCUCUCCUUGAAGGCUGCGAGGACUUGUGGCUUGAUGACCAGGAACGAAAGCUGUACGCAGCAUGCACCAGCCUGGACUCUCGUCAGGCUUGGUCCCCUGCAGGCGACAAAUACAACAUCUCCGCGAGAUCCCGCACGGAUCACAUCGCUGUUCUUGAUAUUGAUCAACCUGGCUUGGAUGGGCUGUACGGUCUACGGCAGCUCCAAAUUGGCGGAUAUCACGAUGAUCUUGAUUUGCAUGGAUUCGACGUUCGCAACAUUGAAGGUCGGCUUCGAUUCUGGUUGAUUAACCACAGACCUCCUGUUGACCCUGUGACUGGGGAGUUCCUUGAUGCCAGCACCGUUGGGGCAAAUUCAACUGUUGAGAUCUUUGAUCUGGACGAGACUUCGGAGACGCUUGAGCAUGUUAAGACCGUGGCCAGCGAGGCGAUUAUUACGCCCAAUGGUGUGGCCGUGGAAGAAGAUGGUCUGGGCUUCGUGAUUACGAAUGACCACAAUACCAAAACUGGCGCUUCUCGCGGCCUAGAAAUUCUGAUUGGAGGUGGAAGUCUCGCUUAUUGUCGAUCUGACACGGGGAAAUGCCAUAUCGCCGCUGACAAGGGAUUCUCCAUGGCCAAUGGAAUAGCCCACGACAAGAAUGGUCACUUCUACGUCGCUCACUCUGUGACUGGUCUCAUUACUGUCCACAAACUCGUCAAUAACCAAUUGAUCCAGGUUGAUUCAAUCCAUACCGGGUACCCAAUGGAUAACCUGUGGCUAGAUGCAGAUGGCAACCUCAUUGCAGCUGCGUUCCCUGACUUCAUCGCAUUUGCGAAAUCUACCAUGGACCCGUACAAUGUAGUAGCACCUGCUACUGUCCUUUCAAUCAAUGGAAUUGCCAAUCAACUGAAGACGCUCGGAAAGAAUUUUAAAGUGUCGAAAUUGGUGGAGGAUAGAGAUGCCAAGAGCCUUCCCAGCUCGACAGUUGCAGUGCAUGAUGUGAAGGGCCAUAAAUUGUUUUUGGCGGGUGUUUUCUCUCCAUUUAUUACAAUUUGUGAGCAGCUCCCUCACGGCCUCCGCCUCUCUGGUGAGCUAGCCUACAUCGCAACCAAGCACCUUACCAACAAAGCCCUCGCUAAAGCAAACCCAUAUGCUUUCGACCAGAGCGGUCGCAUCAAGUCGGCCGCAACGCGCAUUCCCGAAGACCCAGCUCCUCUUGCAAGAGCCCACGGGCUGCCUCUCAUUAUCGUCAACAAGGACUCCGUCCCAUUGACCCGUCGCCCGUUCGCACUGCACUCUGCCGCGCUCAAGAGCAAAUCGGAUAAGAACCUUAAGGGGGCAGCAAGUGCAUUUACAAUCGGCACUAUACUCCACCCUGGCGGAAUGCCAUUGAUCAUCGCCAUGUCGCCGGAUACGAACCCGUUCCGGGCGGCUGGUGAGUUCACUCUCUGGGUGAAGCCCUCCUUCAGCGACUGGACGGUUGAUGCUGUUCUCGAUGAGCUGGGCAAGGUUGGGAACAUGAGACAGAAUGAUAUUCUUGGCACUUUUGCUUACUUCAAGCAAACGGAAGAUUGA